CCAAGAUGAAAUGUACCUUUAAACCCCAUAAAUUCAAACUCUUGAUGCAUAGUUGACAAACUCGGUCUGUUUUUUAAAAAAUAACCCACCAGGGCCAGUUUAUGUCGAGCAGCCAAAAGCCAAUUUUCCUUUUCAGGGAACAUCACAUACCCUUGAAGCAGUGGAGGAUCUGCCGCCACCGAGCCGAAAGUGGUCAUCUCCUAUGAUCGCCAAUUCAUUCUUUUACCGUAACCUAUAACCCAUAUCUUGCCUAUGACUGCUUUGAUUAAUACAAAAACAGAAUGUUGGUAAUCGUUCAAACCUAUUCUUCUCAUCUCCUUAGCUUCACUCGUCUCUUAAGAGGCUUUGUCACAUCCAUCAAAAUCCUCAUGCGCAUAAAUACCUUCAACUCUCCUUUAAAAUUAUUAUCAUUAGCCAUGACAAAACUACUGAUAUGGUUGUCGUCGAUUAUAUCUGCUAUUUUUGUCCUCAUCAAAGCCAACGACAUAUUGGGUGCGUUUGUAUAUCAGCGGAUCCGCCAAAAUUCAGAGGGUUUGACUGUGUUGGCGUUUUGGAUGGGUCAAACCGCUGGAAUUUCGCGUUUGGUAAACAGAGGAGUUAUUUCUUCCACUGAUUCCUUCUUACUGAUACGUCCGGACUUCAUUUGCCCUCCCAUCGUUCAGUGCUUUCUCCUCUUCAAAGGUAUGUAUUAAUCAUCUUCUAUAGAACACUCCGUUGGGAUCUUGUUUUGAUUUCUAUGGGUAUUGCUAUUUGUAAAUUCAUAGAUAUGUAACUCUUGGUAGUCUGCCACGUUUGUGUUGCCCUGCAUUUUUGUAGGAUUGUGAUCAUCAUAUAAAUUGCUUUGUGUUUAUAGUCUCAUAUAUGGAAAAUUUUUAAAAUGUCCUUUUUUGUCUUUUUACAUAUUAUCUGCUACAACCAAACAGCUAAGUUAC